AUGACCCGUCAAGGCAUCCAAGCAGAACAUCUCGCCUCUCGCAUCACACAACUCACCCGCCAAUAUAGUGAGAAGACAGAAGAAGGUGUGGAAGCCAGCGAAGAGAUUCGGUCUAUCUCCGCCGCCUGCACAGAGCUCAACGCCUUAAUCAGCACUCCAGAAAGCUGGGUUGAGCGUAUAGCUCUAUCAUACAGUAGCAGUGUGGCAAUUUGCAUCCUCCUCGAUCUGAAUGUUUUCCACCUACUCUCAAAGAACAACGAAUCUGCUUCGCUGGAUACCCUAGCCAGAUUCUCGGGGUGUUCCAGGGCGUUGUUGAGAUGUGCGCUGAAGGAGGUCGUGGCAAAACAUAUCCUUGAUGAGCCCUCUCUUGAGAUAUACAAGCUCAACGACCGGUCAAGGUACCUGCUAAAUGAUAAUAACGCGUGCUGGGUCCAUUACCUAGUAGAUAUUGGCCUUCAAGCGGCAGCAUCCCUUCCUGAAUAUGUCCGUGAUAACCGCGGAAAGAUACCAGAGGAUCGGCACAGAAAUGCGUUCCAGAUGACAUUCAACACUGAUCAACCCUUCUAUCAAUAUCUUCGCUAUGCUGAUCCUCUUCGUGGCGAACGCUUCGAUAAAGGCCUUCAGCGCCACGCGGAGGGAGCCGCGCAGACUUCUAUCGAGGACGUCUUCAAUUUCACCCACUUGAAGCCUGGAGCUGUUGUUGUCGAUGUCGGUGGAGGACGAGGACAGCAUUCCAUCCGGAUUGCUCGACAGCACCCGCAGCUAUCAUUUAUUAUUCAAGAUUAUGAAAAUGCCUUCCCGAGCAAGGAAGAUAUUAAUGAUGAGAGCGUGUUUAGUCGGCUUCAGUGGCAGCAGUACGACUACUUCACCGAGCAGCCCGUUAAAGGGGCGCAUGUUUACUUGCUGAGUAAUAUUCUGAUGGACAAUGCAGAAGGGUAA